AUGGAUGGAAAGGCGUUGAGGGACGAGGGGAAGAAGUGGGGAAGAAAUGGUGUUGCAGGGUUGAAAGGGAUUGAAUGGUGGAGUGAUGAAAGAAGGAUGGAUGAAGGAAUUUGUACAAAUGAUAUGCAUGAAAUGCUUGGUAGCUGGUAA